UAUUCCUUCGUCUAUGAGCGCAGGCAUCAAUUGUCAAUUUACGGUCAUGCUGCAACCAGAUGUUAUGUUCUACGAAUAGGAAUUUCGCUAGUGCACACUCGAGGUUGUAAAUGGAAGUUCGUAAAUAACAUCUCGUUACAUACCGCAAAAUUUCACAUUACAUGUAAAACAUGUCGCGACACCGAGACGUUCGUUGCAUGAAUUAUUCGGAUGAAUAUGACGGCUAUGAUGAUGUAUAUGGACAUUCAGUGGAGGAUGAUUAUUGUGUAUCACCUAGUGUGGAGCAGUUUUUGUUUGAUCGAAGCAAACAGCAAAAUAUUGCUUCAUUUAUCACGGAACCAGAUAUAGUGGAAGAUAAUGAGGACAUUGAUGAAUCUUCGUCAUCACUCAAUGAAGACAAAUAUAAUCUUCCAGAGUUGGAAAAGGCAAAGCUAAUAUCUUGUUUAGAAGCAAUCAGAAAUGUCAUAGGUGAUACGGUAUCUGAAUCUAAAUUGAAAGAAAAAAUUAUUGCAUCAAACUUUAAUACAGAUGUAGCGCUCGAUGCUAUUUUAAAGGAAUCUUCACCAAAAAACGAUGCAACAAUAAGUAAGGAGCGAUUGGAGAGAUAUCAAGGUAACAAAUUAUCGUCUAAGCCUGCCUUGCAAGUUACAACGCCUUCCACCGUGAAGGUUGUUCCCGCCGGAACGAAACCCGUUGUAAAGGGUUUCGAUCUAAGCGGUGUAGAAAGCGCAGAUUUGCUGAGUCCACGCUGCGAGAGUCCGUCUUCCAACCGCAACAGUCCCGAGGCCAAACGUAAGGAGGAUAUCGUACAAAGGGAGAAGAAAACAGCCUCGUCGAAAACUAACAGUCCGAGAUGCCAGUCACCUAUAUCAGGUCACGUAACACCGGAAUUGGAUCCCAAGGGAAAAUCCAACGCGGCCAACGAGGAGAAAGCGGAUGUCCAAGCGAUAUACAAGAGUAAGAGAGGCGACAGCAAGGAGCAGCUUCACCUGGUGGUCGUGGGACACGUGGAUGCUGGAAAGAGCACGUUACUCGGACGACUAUUAUGCGAUUUAGGUCAAGUGCCUCAGAGACUUAUUCACAAGUACCAGCAAGAGAGCAAGAAGAUAGGCAAGCAGUCGUUCGUCUAUGCUUGGGUGCUCGACGAAACCGGUGAAGAAAGGGAGCGAGGAAUAACGAUGGACAUAGGUCACUCGAAGUUUGAAACAGAUACCAAGUCCAUCACUCUCCUAGAUGCACCUGGCCACAAGGAUUUUAUUCCCAAUAUGAUAACCGGUGCUACGCAAGCGGACGUAGCUUUGUUGGUGGUUGAUGCGACCAGAGGCGAAUUCGAAACGGGUUUCGACAGUGGGGGACAAACACGCGAGCAUGCAUUGUUACUUCGUUCUUUAGGAGUAUCGCAACUGGCAGUAGUCGUAAACAAACUUGAUACUGUAAAUUGGUCGAAGGAUAGAUUCAACGAGAUAGUCGACAAAAUGAGCGUGUUCCUGAAACAAGCUGGCUUUAAAGACACAGUUACUUUUGUACCUUGUAGCGGCUUAUCAGGCGAAAAUAUUGUAACGAAACCAAAGGAGCAGCUCUCUAACUGGUACACUGGGCCUACUUUAAUCAAUGUGAUUGAUAAUUUCAAGUGCCCGGAGCGACCUGUAAAUAAGCCAUUCCGUUUCUCGGUCAACGAUAUAUUUAAGGGUACCGGAUCCGGAUUCUGUGUAUCUGGUCACGUUGAAACGGGUAUGGUGUCUUUAGGUGACAAGGUGUUGAUACUACCUCAAAACGAGAUUGCGGUUGUUAAAGGUCUCCAGUCGGACGAAAUUUCGACGACACACGCAUUCGCCGGUGAUCAAGUCGCGCUGACAUUAUCGGGAAUCGAUCAGCAAAACGUAGGCAUCGGCGACAUUAUCUGCAAUCCGCAGAAUCCAGUGUCCGUAACGACGUGCUUCCAAGCGCACGUAGUUGUAUUUGCGAUAGCGAGACCAAUCACGAAAGGGCUUCCAGUGGUGAUGCACCAGCAGUCUUUGGUACAACCAGCGUUCAUUACGAAAUUAAUAGCGCAGCUUCAUCGAGGUACCGGCGACGUGAUCAAGAAGAAGCCACGUUGCUUACCAAAGAAUUCUAGCGCGAUCAUCGAGGUUACAACACAAAAUCCAGUCUGCAUGGAGUUGUACAAGGAUAUUAAGCAACUAGGCAGAGUAAUGUUACGAUUAGAAGGUACCACCAUUGCAGCUGGUUUGAUUACAAAGAUUUUGUAAAUCUAAAAUUGCACGAAAAUGGAGUCUCAAUAAUAAUAAUAAUAAUGCAGUUUUUCCACAUCACUUAGAUCUACUACAUAAUGUAUAUUAUUAUUGUAUUUGUACAUCACACACAAGCUGGCGAAUACAAACUCGAUAGGUUGUUUUAUUUUAUUUACAAUAAUACAGAAGACUUUACUGAUUAAAGACUUUGUUCUGCAUUAAUACAUAUUGUGUAAUAUAUUUGUAAUUGUUU